AGGAGGGGCGGCCAGGCAGCUUAGUCAUUGAUGGGCUCCUCCGUCCCCGGCCAGGACAGGAAGACACAAGUAAGGCGCUGUGACAAGGAUGGUGACUCAGGUGAUUGGCAGAGGAUUACAUUGAUUAACCUUGUACAGAGGGCGAGGCUCUCCUCUUCUCCUCCUCCUCGUAGAAGAAUCUCUGCAGCCUGUGGGCACCUAGUAUUAUCGGGGGACAUGCUGUGACCAGGGGGGAGGGGAGGAGGGGACAGUUGAAGUGACAGCAGAGGAUUUGGCAGUCCGAUGACGUCGUGGUAUUAGAGCUCCGGAGACAGGAUGACAUGUGCACUGUGUGUAAUGAUGUGUAUGGACAUUCAUGGAGUUAAGUGACUCUGAGAGGACAAGGAGAACUUUCUACUCCAGGUGAUAGAAGAGAAUAAUGAGAAGAGAUGGCAGACCAAAGCCAAAUUCAGUCAUCUGCUUCAAAAAGCAUACGACCUUUUCGCUCCAGCGAGGAGUACCUUGAAGCCAUGAAAGAAGAUCUCACUGAUUGGCUCAAUAUGUUGUAUGACCUGGACAUGGAUGUUGGCACUUUCAUGGAGGCACUGGAGACCGGGUACACGCUUUGUCAGCAUGCUAAUAAUCUCAAUCGGCUGGCACAAGAUUUUAAAAAACAGUAUCCAGAAGCUACUGCUAGCAUGAGAUUGCCACAAAAGGAUGUAACAUUCCAGGUUAAAGGAGCCAUCCCAAGUUCAUUCAUGGCCAGGGACAACGUAUCUAACUUCAUUAGCUGGUGCCGCAAGGAGCUUGGCAUACCAGAGGUGCUAAUGUUUGAAACCAAUGAUCUGGUACUGAGGAAAGGGGAAAAGAGUUUUGUGUUAUGCUUGCUGGAGGUGGCCCGACGUGGGGCACGAUUUGGUAUGCCGGCACCAAUGCUCAUUCAGAUGGAAGAAGAGAUCGAUGAAGAGAUUAGUCGGGGCAAACCGAAUCUAGAACAGCGAAAGUAUCCACGGGCACCGAUUCCUGUUCAACCACCCCGUACCAUAUAUGAUCUCAAGAACCUGGAUGAGUUGGUUCGUGAGAUAUUGGGUUGCUGCUGUUGUCCAUCUCAGUUUCCAAUGAUUAAAGUAUCAGAGGGAAAAUAUCAGGUUGGGGACAGUAAUACACUCAUCUUUGUGCGGGUUCUUCGGAGUCAUGUCAUGGUGCGUGUUGGGGGAGGAUGGGACACGCUAGAACAUUAUCUGGACAAGCAUGAUCCCUGCAGGUGUCAGUUUUCUUCCCAUCGUGUGCAGACAUCACGUCCCACAACAUUUUCCCCCCAACGAAUGUCCAAUGUUGCUCCUCCCCGCACCUCCAGCCCUUCCCGCGGACGCAAUUCUGAAGGCCUGCCCAGGAACGCUCAGAAGCCAGAACCAAGCACUCCACGACGAUCCACUCCAGCCCCCUCUUCUUCAUUAAACAACACCUCCAAGACGCCAUCAUCUCAAAAGGAGCGUCCAGGACUAUAUGGAAUUAACUCAUUCAGGCCUCCUCGUUCCCGACGCUAUUCUGGUGACAGUGACUCUUCUGCCUCCUCUGUCCAGAGUGCCCCCGCUGGCAGAAAAUCAUCCGAAGUGUUAAGACCAGGAUUCCGAGCUUCAGUAACACGCAGUCAGUCCCAAGACCGUGGACCUCUUUCCCGGCGAACCCAGGUAUCCCAGCCUUUAGUGUCUGAUCGAGGCAGAACCCAAGGUAUUUCAAGUACUGGCCCUUCAACAAGGCGUGCCCGAAGUCAAGGGCCCUCAAGUAACAAGAAGACAGUUUUGAUGAUUACACGGGAUAAGGAUGGACAACAUUCAUUGACAACUCCUAAUGCUUCUAAGCCCCCUAUUACUUGUCCUCAAACAGAGCCCCCCAAAACAAAUGCAAGAAGACAGCUGGGAUACACCUCACAGCCUUUGGAUGCUUGCCAGGAACAAAAAAUGUAUCGUAGCUUUGAGAAAGAAUUCCUUGAAAAUUCACGACUCCUUGGGACCUCAGAUAAUGCUGGAGGAGCACAGGGAACCAUCUUGCUAAGUCCACCAUCUUGUGAGCCAGCUGUUAUAGACUCUGCAUACUGUUCUUCUAGCUCAUCAUCUUCCUCACUCAACUUCUAUAUCAGUGGAGGUGCAAGAGAGCAGAAUGCAGAGGGGAACACUGUAGUUCUUCCUCCAUCUACUUGGAGAAGACUUCCUGCUCUGUCCAGCUCUUCAGAUGAUAGUUCCUGCCCACCUGCUUCUGAGGACCUUCAGGAGGAAGUGGAGCCAGAAGAGCCAUCUGAGGCAGCUGAAGCUGAUUCUAGUGGGGUGGUCUUACGACCAAAAAAAUCACAGAAACGCCCAGAUAGAGUACCUUCCAUCUAUAAACUAAAACUGCGCCCAAAGAUCAGACCACGGGUAGACACUCAACCAGACAAGUCACCAUCCCGAAUUCCCACCCCAUUUAAUUAUAGAACUGCAAGCUCUCCACCUAAACCUGCAACCACUCGACGUUCAUGGAGAGCCCUUCAGUCUGUUUUCUUUUCUGAUUCAGGAGUACAAGCAGAUCAUCCUGGUGGCUGAGUCAAGUCUUUGGUAUAGUUAUCCUCACUCUAUUCUGAUACAUGCAAUUUGCUAGAAAUUCAUAUACUGCAAAUUAUGCUUUAGUCCUAAUGAUUUUAGGAUGGGGGAAAAUAAGCAGAGCUAUUCAUGAAUCCUCACCAAUUAUAGACUACAUUUUGCACAUGAUUGCUCAACAGUGCUAGCAUGACUACAUAUCCAUAUGCUAUAGAAUAUUACAGCAUGUGCAUGCAUGCACUUGUUGAAAGUGUAAAGAACAAAAAUAAUUUUCACUUCAUUCCUGCUGUUGGAUAAAGCCAUUUAUCCUGUUACAUGCUAGCAGAGAAGCGCGACAUCCCAGGUUGUUACCAUUACUCAGGAUAGAAUGUUCUUUAUUUUGCUAUACCUAUCUAGGCAAUCAAGGGUUCUGCUCUUUUGUAAAGUGGGGGAAGUUAUUUAGCGAAUAGUGUUCAACCUUAUAAAAUGGCAAUGCCCUCUACGUGGGUUUGGUAUAUAUCUUCAUCUUUGCUGCUGAUGGCCCUCCAAAAGAUAAUAAAUUCUUACUUCAUGGCUCUCUGUGAUAUAUAUUCCAAGCCUGCUGUAUAUACUGUCUAAGAACACUGUCACUGCUGUAUGUACUGUAAGUAAUUUCUCAGGAAACAAACUAGCAGUCACAAUAUCAGCAUGGUUAUACGGUCAAAGGAUAUUAAUAAUAUCUAAUUUUGCCAUGUAACUUUUAUAUAUGAGUUAGCUAGGUUAUAAGGCGACAAUCACUAAAUGGAUUUUUUUUUGGGGGGGGGGGGGGGGGGAAUGUGUCUAUCCUGAAUUUCUGAAGACAAGCAUUUAAAGAUUAUUUCCUGUUCCAAGAGAUGACAGUUUAUAUGCAAACUAUCAAAGCAAGUAAAUUCAGACAGUAGCAUCAUCCAAUAAUUGUCUGUCAUAAAUAAUACAUAUUGAAGCUAAACUAAAAUAACACAACAAUGCACUUAUGCACUCCUUAAAAAUCCUUACAUUUUUAUUUAAAUGCAUCUAGUAUACACACUUGUAUUUGACUUGGUAUCAGUCCCUAAAAUGUAGAACAGAUUGGGAAAAGGGAAGGUAGCACCAGGAGCAAAUCAGAUGUGCUGCAGUGCGUAUUUGUUGAUAAUUGACAUUCUGACAGAGGGACAGACAGAACAGUGAUCAGAGGAUUAAGCUGUUGAUCUUCAUGUAAUGUCCAAUCACAGGCUGGGAACAGGGAGGCGAUCUUCUUGUAUUGCUUAGGUGUAGUAUUAAAAAAGCAAGUCUCCAAUGUGGUUGUCUGAUAGGGCUUUGUAAAUCUCAGGACCAAAUAGUAGAAAACAGAUCCCUUGGAAGGUAAAAAAACAGCACUUGUGUACUGUAUGUAUUUCAGCUGUAUAGCUGUUUAGCUUUUAAAAAUGAUAUUGUAAGUAGACGUGAAAAUUAAAGAAUGAGUUGAUAUAAAAGGGAGACAGAGAAGAGGUGUUAUAUGGAUAAACGGAAAGUAUGAAAUGUGUGUAUAUAGCAAUAAGAGGAAGUGUAGAAGGUUACAGACAUUUGGUUUUCUAACUAAUAGUGAUCAUCCUAGCUGUAGUUAUUUAACAUUUUGAAAGGUAAUAGUUGCCUACUGGAAAUUACUAAAUGUUUAAAAAUAUGACCCAUAAGUUAAAUUGGACAAAUAUAGUUUCCUGCAUCAUUCAUUCCAGAUUGGUUUAA